UUAAAUCCAAGGAUUUGGAUCUACAUGCAAGACUUUAGGAAACAUCCUCAGGGAUUAUAAAUUAAAAUGUCUGGAGACACUAACUACGAAGGUUCAGCAGGAUUUGUCUCUUCUGCAAAUCUCAACCUGAGCUGCAUUUUCAACGCGACCAACCGCUCCGGGGGAGACUUCCACCUGUCAGACUUCAACAAAACAGAUUAUGUGGGAGACGGCGCCGCUAUUGUGAGGAUAAUAAUCUCGAUCAUUUACUCGCUGGUUUGCGCGCUGGGUCUGGUUGGGAAUUUACUGGUGCUGUACCUGAUGAAGUCAAAACACGUGUGGAAAACGUCCUCCAUUAACCUUUUCGUAACUAGUUUGGCGGUGACGGAUUUCCAGUUCGUCCUUACUCUGCCGUUCUGGGCGGUGGAAAACGCGAUGGACUUCACGUGGCUUUUCGGCAAAGCUAUGUGCAAGAUUGUGUCCUAUGUGACGGCUAUGAACAUGUACGCCAGCGUGUUUUUCCUGACUGCUAUGAGCGUGGCGAGGUACUGGUCGCUCGCCUCUGCGCUCAAGAGCAGGCGGCGGCGGCGGCCACACUGCGUGUCCGCGCGGUGCAUCACCGUUUUCAUCUGGUGUGCCGCUGUCUCGGCCGCUCUGCCGCACGCAGUUUUCUCCACAACGGUGACCGUUUCCAGUGAGGACUUGUGUCUUGUCAAAUUCCCUGAAACUAACGGAACAGCGCAGCUUUGGCUGGGACUGUAUCAUUCUCAGAAAGUGCUGCUGGGGUUUGUGUUGCCGCUGGGCAUCAUCUCAGCCUGCUAUCUGCUCCUUUUGCGCUCCAUCACCUCCAAAAACAUCAACACUUCGAGCGCCAAACGACGCGCCAAGGUCACCAAGUGUGUCACCAUAGUGGUUUUAUCCUUUUUCCUCUGCUGGCUACCCAACCAGGCGCUGACAGCCUGGGGCAUUCUCAUCAAACUCAACGUGGUUCAUUUCAGUUACGCGUACUACACCACGCAGGUGUACGUCUUCCCCGUAUCCGUGUGCCUGGCGCACUCCAACAGCUGCCUGAACCCCAUCUUAUACUGCCUGAUGAGGCGGGAGUUCAGGAAAGCACUAAAAAAACUCUUCCGGCGGAGGACUUCUCCGACAAUAAUGCCGUUCCCAGCAGCCACCUCAAAGCCGAGGAUGGACGAGCGAAGGCACCUGGUCCACGCCAGCGCGCCCGAGGAGCCCGCUGUGAUCUUUUAUCCUCCCGGGUCUGUUAUGUACAAUGACGGGCGAGAUCUGCCGCAAAAUAGCACGUAGUGCCACACUAACAGUUAAAACAAUUGUUUAAUUGUUUUAUAGGCAUAUAUGUUAAUAUCUCCAUCUGGAAAGCUGUACGGUCA